GGUGAUUGUCCACGUUACGCUUUCCGCCAACUGGGUUCGUUGGCUUUGUUCAUUUUCCCGCACGCGACAUUUCCGCCAUUUUCCCCCUCAGCUUUCUCGUCGGAGUGGCCCCUCCAGAUUACCGUCCAUGGCGUCGAAGCGGAUCUUGAAAGAGCUCAAGGAUCUCCAGAAAGAUCCUCCUACUUCCUGCAGCGCCGGUCCUGUGGCUGAAGAUAUGUUUCAUUGGCAAGCAACAAUUAUGGGCCCUCCAGACAGUCCUUAUGCAGGAGGGGUUUUUUUAAUUACUAUUCACUUCCCUCCCGAUUAUCCAUUUAAGCCUCCUAAGGUUGCUUUCAGGACAAAAGUUUUUCACCCAAACAUCAACAGUAACGGUAGUAUUUGCCUGGACAUCUUGAAAGAGCAAUGGAGUCCUGCUUUGACUAUAUCAAAGAUCUUUCCUAAUUUGGACGGUAUGCUGCAUCUUAUUUCUUAGAAUAUUGGGAUCAUUGUCUGCUCUGCAGCGUCUUUGACAAACAUCUUUGAGAAUAGGGAGUGACUGUCAAUGAUUUUCUGCAUGUCAAUUUCAUUAUGUUCGUAGCUCUGAUUAAUGCCACAUACAGUUUUUUAAGUGGUUGGGAAGGGUUGUUUCAUAUUCAGGUGUUGCUUUCUAUUUGCUCCCUUUUGACCGAUGCGAACCCAGAUGAUCCACUAGUGCCAGAAAUUGCUCAUCUGUACAAGACCGAUAGGGCCAAGUAUGAGACAACUGCAAGGAGCUGGACUCAGAAAUAUGCUAUGGGCUAGUAUGUAUUACGGGAAGGGCAUGAGGGAUGUUGCUGUUGGUUCUCAUGUAUAAAUGAAAGUUUUCUGUACAAUCUACUAUUGUGGGAGAUUGAAAUAAUUCUAUGUUGUCCAAUUUGAAUCAACCUGAUGCUUUAAGUUUGUGUUUCGACUGAUAUAUAUCAAUUAUAUGGAAUUGAUUUUGUACA